UGGUCUCUGCUCUCCGUCUCUCUCUGCACUGCUAUGCCCUGCUCCGAAGAGACACUCGCCAUCUCCCCCAGCAAGCGGGCCCGGCCUGCGGAGGAGGGCGGCGUGAGGCUCCGCUUUACCCGGCUUUCGGAGCACGCUACGGCCCCGACUCGGGGGUCCGCGCGAGCCGCGGGCUAUGACUUGUACAGUGCCUAUGAUUAUACAAUUCCACCCAUGGAGAAAGCCCUUGUGAAAACGGACAUUCAGAUAGCCCUUCCUUCUGGUUGUUAUGGAAGAGUAGCUCCACGUUCUGGCUUGGCUGCAAAACACUUCAUAGAUGUAGGAGCUGGUGUGAUAGAUGAAGAUUAUAGAGGAAACGUUGGUGUUAUACUGUUUAAUUUUGGCAAAGAAAAAUUUGAAGUCAAAAAGGGUGAUCGAAUUGCACAGCUCAUUUGUGAACGAAUUUUUUAUCCAGAAAUAGAAGAAGUUCAAGUUUUGGAUGACACAGAAAGGGGUUCAGGAGGCUUUGGUUCCACUGGAAAGAAUUAAAGCUUAUGCCAAGAAUAAAAAUGUACUUUUUUUCUUUUAAAAUAAAGAGUUUUCGCUUAAAAUCUUUUGGUAGUUUGUACUUGUAUAAUCUUAAUUGUUUUAAUUUCUUAAAAUACU